AAGCUCUGACUGUUUUAGGUGAAGGACAGUUUUGUUUCGCGCCGUUGCUUUUUUUGGCACCCGUGUCGGAGUCCCCCCCCCCCUCCUCCUCCUCCUCCCCAAAGAGCGGAGGCACAUUGUCUGUGGCACAGCGCGACAGUGCGGUGUCCGGUUACAAACCGUGCGCCGAGGAGCCACCGGCACAGAGCGCUUCUCAGAGGGAGCAGAAAUAGCUCACAGGACUCCGGAGGGACGAGAGAGCGCAGAGGAAUCUGUGCGGAGAGAAAAGGAGUUUUACAGACGCAGGUUUCUGGAAAGAGACUCAGCAGAACGGAGGAUUUAUCAUCUUCAUCUUCAUCUUUCUCUUUUCUUUCUCUCUUCUCAUCGGGACAACACGCGCAGCUUCGCUCCCUGCUAGAUGAACGGGAGCUGGGCACCUCACUUGGUGUGUCUCUCCAAUGCUCUUGGCCCCUGAGGCCUGAGGAGAAGUGAGCGAAGCCCAGUCCCCCAUGGGACGACCUGUUACCCAGCAUGCACUGCUCCUGUUGCAGUGCAUGCUGGUCAUGCGUCCCGGAGGCGUGGCCAGUAGGAGAGGGCCGGUGCUGCUGCCUGAAUCCCCCUGUCACAAAACAGAGCACCCGCUCAUCCCACACUCAGAGAUGGAGCCGUGGAUCUUCAGGUUCAAGGCAGAGGGCACGGUGGAUUACUCACAGCUGACCUUCGACCCCGGCCAGAACGAACUGAUCGUCGGUGCCAGAAAUCACCUCUUCAGGCUCAAUCUGGAAGACCUGACAUUGAUUCAGGAGGCGGAGUGGCACUGCGAUGAGUUUACCAAGGGAGCCUGCUUCAGCCGUGGAAAGUCUGAGGAGGAGUGCCAGAACUACAUCAGGGUGCUGCUGGUGAACGGGAACCGGCUGUUCACCUGUGGAACCAACGCUUUCACCCCCAUCUGCACCAACCGAACGUUGACAAAUUUGACAGAGAUCCACGAUCAGAUCAGCGGGAUGGCUCGGUGUCCUUACAACCCCCUCCACAACUCCACCGCCCUCAUCACCUCCAGCGGGGAGCUUUACGCUGCCACGGCCAUGGACUUCUCUGGGCGGGACCCCGCCAUCUACCGCAGCCUGGGCGGCCUGCCACCGCUGCGCACUGCCCAGUACAACUCCAAGUGGCUGAACGAACCAAACUUUGUCUCCUCCUACGAUAUCGGCAACUUCACCUACUUCUUCUUUCGGGAAAACGCAGUGGAGCACGACUGUGGCCGGACGGUGUUUUCCCGCGCGGGGCGUGUCUGUAAGAACGACAUCGGCGGCCGGUUCCUCCUGGAGGACACGUGGACUACCUUCAUGAAGGCCAGGCUCAACUGCUCCCGACCGGGAGAGAUCCCCUUUAACUACAACGAGCUGCAGGGAACGUUUUACCUGCCGGAGCUGGAGCUACUUUAUGGCAUUUUCACCACCAACGUAAACAGCAUUGCUGCGUCCGCGGUGUGUGCCUUCAAUCUCAGUGCCAUAUCACAGGUUUUCAACGGGCCCUUCAAGUACCAGGAGAACUCGCGGUCAGCGUGGCUACCUUACCCCAACCCCAACCCAGACUUUCAGUGCGGCACCAUUGACUCGGGCUCCUACGUGAACCUGACUGAAAGAAACCUGCAGGAUGCUCAGAAGUUUUUGCUCAUGCAUGAGGUGGUCCAACCCGUGGUUCCCGUGCCCUACUUCAUGGAGGACAACGUGCGCUUCACUCAUGUGGCAGUGGACGUGGUGCAGGGGAAAGACAGGCUGCUUCACAUCAUAUACUUGGCUACUGAUUACGGUACCAUCAGGAAAGUGCUUUCCCCUCUCAAUCAGUCCACAGGGAGCUGCCUAUUGGAGGAGAUCGAGUUGUUCCCACCCAGGAAGAGACAGCCGAUCCGAAGCCUGCUGAUCCUGCACAGCCGCAGCGAGCUCUAUGUGGGUGUGAGAGACCAGGUCAUCAAGAUCCCGCUCAAGAGAUGCAGCUACCACAAGAGCAGAGAAGCCUGUGUGGGAGCCAGAGACCCGUACUGUGGUUGGGACCUUUUACUGAAGAAAUGCACCACGCUGGAGGAAAGUGUCAGGAUGAGCCAAUGGGAGCAGAGCAUCACAAAAUGCCCUAUCCGUAAUGUGACCAUUGAUGGAAGCUUUGGCGUCUGGUCCGGCUGGUCCACAUGUAGUCAUAACGAUGGCGGCAGCGCGGGAUCCUGUCUGUGUCGGACUCGAGCCUGUGAUAGCCCCGCUCCUCAGUGUGGAGGCCAGCAUUGCUAUGGCAUCAGCGUGGAGGUCGCCAACUGCUCCAGAAACGGAGCGUGGACGCCCUGGACUUCCUGGUCUCCCUGCAGCACCAGCUGCGGCAUCGGCUUCCAGGUCCGCCAGCGAUCCUGCAGCAACCCGACCCCUCGCCACGGAGGGCGAGUGUGUGUCGGCCAGAACCGCGAGGAGAGGUACUGUAAUGAACACCUGCCCUGCCCACCGCAUGUAUAUUGGUCGGCCUGGUCGACAUGGGAACGCUGCACCGUGCCCUGCGGCGGAGGCAUCCAGUCACGACGCAGAACCUGUGAGAACGGCAACGAGUGUCCCGGGUGUGGUCAGGAGUACCAGUCGUGCAACACGCUCCCGUGUCCUGACCUGAAGAAGACCACGCCCUGGACUCCCUGGACGCCCGUCAACAUCUCCGACAACGGCGGGCACUAUGAGCAGCGUUUCCGCUACACCUGCAAAGCUCGCAUCCCGGAUCCCAACCUGCUGGAAGUGGGCAGGCAGAGGAUCGAGAUGCGUUACUGCUCCAGCGACGGGUCCACCGGCUGCUCCACUGACGGAGAGGUUCUUCGCCUCGGAAGGAUCUCGGGCCACACGGUGAGCGGUGGCUGGUCGUCCUGGAGCUCCUGGUCCCAGUGCAGCAGAGACUGCAGCCGGGGAAUCCGCAGCCGGAAGAGGACCUGCAGUAACCCAGAGCCCAAGUACGGAGGUCAAACCUGCCUCGGGCCAUUACAGGAGUACCAGGAGUGUAACAUCACACCUUGUCCAGUGGACGGCAGCUGGUCGUGCUGGUCUUCAUGGUCCAAGUGCUCGGUGACGUGUGGAGGGGGACACUACAUGAGGACGCGCACCUGCAGCAAUCCUCCGCCUGCUUACGGAGGGGACAUCUGCCUGGGCCUGCACACUGAAGAGGCAUUGUGCAACACACAAUCCUGUCCAGAGAGCUGGUCCAGCUGGUCCGACUGGUCCCACUGCGACUCCAACGGGGCCCAGAUGCGAGUGCGUCACUGUGAUGUCCUGUUUCCCACCGGAAACCAGUGCUCGGGAAACAACAGCGAGAACAGGCCAUGCUCCCCCGACUCCAAUUUUAUACCAGAAGUCUCGAUUGCACGCUCCAGUCAGGAGGAGAGGCGCUGUGGAGACUUCAACCUCUUCCACAUGAUCGCUGUGGGGCUCAGCAGCUCCAUCCUCGGCUGUCUGGUGACUCUGCUGGUUUACUCGUACUGCCAGCGUUAUCAGCAGCAGGCUCACGACGCCACCGUCAUCCACCCCAUUUCAGCCGCGCCGCUCAACACCAGCAUCACCAACCACAUCAACAAACUGGACAAGUACGACUCGGUGGAAGCCAUCAAGGCCUUUAACAAAAACAAUCUGAUUCUGGAGGAAAGAAAUAAGUACUUCAACCCACAGCUUGCCGGGAAGACCUAUACCAACGCAUACUUUACUGACCUCAACACCUACGACGACUAUUAAGCCCCAACUCAGCCGUUCAGACUCCAUACCAUCGCGGGGACACCAACACUUUCAUCCAUGUUGACUGUAUCUUUUUCUUUGUGCUUUGUAUUGAGAUGUGUGACACCUUGCGUGGGAUAGUCCCACGUUUGACUCUAUGGCAGCUGUAAUGAAAACACACACACAGUGUUGCCAACAGAGGGAGAAGCCCACUUUCUCUCAGGUGCCUUGGGGUACACUUGGAAAGCUCCAUUUUUUUGGGGGGACAAAUCUUGCCUUGACUCUCAUUGAGGAAAACGGACAACUGGAUUUUCCCAAUGUGGACAAAAAACAGGGAAAAAUAAGAGCUGAACUCAAAGAGACUGUGGGAAGUGUGAUCCCCUUUUAACUUCCCUGUGACACCUCUAAAACAGACCUGUAUUUGUAAUGAUGGGAAAUAACCACAAAACUGCUUUGCAUGACUUCAUCUGACGUGUUUUCUCUGUUUCGUUUUUUGCAUGGUUGAUCGCAUUCCAGGUUUUGGGGACUUGCAAGCGGCGUUGUGUGUUUUUUUGCUUUUUUUUGUUGGUCUGUAGGUUCAGGACGUGGUUUUGGAAGUCAUAAAAACAAAGACUGUGGUGAUGUCUGAUGGCUUUUAACAUGUACUGCUGCAGUAAUCCACCUCAGUCCUAAAAUCAGGAUGUAGAUAUUUAAAGUUUGUGGUCAAGUUUGUCCAUUUUCUUUCUGCUACAGGCUCGAGCGGCUCGCAGUGAUUGAACUUUCAGUGUAACAUUUAUUUUGCCUUCUCUCUCUCUUUUUGUUUUGCUUUAAAGAUGCAUAUGUUUUGUACAGGAUGUUAAGUUUGAAGCCGAUGUCUGUAGUUUUUCUAAAUACAUUUAUUCAGUGUCUCAAGUGUUUAAAGAAUAAAACAUUUCCUUUUGAAAAGAAAAAAAGUUUAUGUGCAUUCUGACAAGAAAUCAGGAGUAUUCAUAUCUGCCUGCAUCAAGUUCACCGUACUUUUUUAUAUUUUUUGUAAAAAAAAAAAAUAAUGUUUUUGAAUUUUGAUAGUGUUCGCUAUUUCUUUGGCUUCUGAGUUAAAUAUGUGAUUUGUGAGAGCAGGAUGUUCAUGGCAUUUACUGUACAGAUGGAGCGUAGCAAAUCCUCUCCUGAACCCCACCUGGAGUGCUGCCCAUAUACUAUAAGAUGAAAUCAUGUUCAGAUAUUUCUGUUCAGUGUAUAACCAAAUAUUAGGUUAUUCAAUGGUUCAGUUGCAACUAACUCUUUUUACAUGUUUGCUUGUGUUACUGUGCAUAAAUUAAAGACUGCUUCGUACACAACAGA